AUGGCCAUCGACCCCUUCUGCUUCUUCAGAACCCUCGGCCUGUGUAAAGAGCCCCCAGUAGAGCUGACGCAGCCCGAGUGGUGGAGGAACUUUGCUGCUGGCAGCAGCAACCUGACGAGUUCAAUAAAGCUGCAGCAGCAGCAGCAGCAGCAGCAGCAGCAGCAGCAGAUGCUGCAGCAGCCGCAGCAGCAGCAGCUGCUGCUGCAGCAAGCCCUCGGCCAACCCUUCGAUGCUGUUGAUGUAAGAGAAACAGCAACAGAGGUUUACUGCAUGCAAACAGCAGCAGCAGCAGCAGCAACCACAUACUACGUACCAGCAGCCCAGCAGCAGCAGCAGCAGCAGCAGCAGCAGCAGCAGCAGCAGCGGCAGCAAGCCCUCUUAUCUGCCUAUUCUACCCCUCAUAAUAGAGCAUACGCCCCUGCAGCACCAGCAGCAGCAGCAGCAGCAGCAGCAGCAAUCAACUACCCCAGCAGCAGCCGCAGCAGCAGCAGCAGCAACACACACGUCCCCGGCUUCUUCGGUGAUCUACCACUAGGCAAAGGAGCAGCAGCAGCACCAGCAGCAGCAGCAGCAACAGCAGCAGCAGCAGACAGAUGGGGAGCCGUCAGCAGCACAGAAGCAACCAGCAGCAGCAGCAGAGGGGUUAGCUACGACCAAAGAAGAAUAUAA